AUGGCGACCGACGGCGUGUCGAGGCUGAGCGUGGGGGUGAGCGUCAUGGUGGCGCUCAGCCUGGCCGUCUUCCUCACCAUCGUCAUCCUCCUCCUCGCCGACCUCUUCUGCUCCCACCUCCGCCGCCGCCGCCUCCGCGCGGACGCAAUGGAGGCGCCGCCGCACAAAUGGCCGAAGCGCGGCCACGGCGCCGCGGGGUCCCUGUCCCCGCCGCACGCCGCCGGCACGGCUGCCGACGACGCGUCCGUGGCCACCACGGCGACCACGGCCACCACCACGGCGCGCGAGGCGCUCACCAGCACCCCGCCCUUCUACUACGCGCACGGCGUCAUGUGCGCGCCCACCCGCAAGGACCUGCUCCUCGCCAUCCCCAGGCUGGAGGCCGCCGUGUGGAGGUGGUCGCCCGCGCGCCGCUCCUCGCCGCCGCGGUCGGACGAGCCCACCGCCCGCGGCUCCUCCUCCUCCUCCGCGCACAGCGACGGCCUCAUGUACAUCUCCAACCCAGUGUACGAGCGGGGCGCCCCCGCCGGGCACGAGCACGACACGCCGUUCGAGACGCCGGACGCAUCGCCGUCGCGGUACGGGAUUACAGAGGAAGUGCGGGGGGACGGGGCGUUCUCGCCGCCGCUGCCCAUGAUGAGGAAGCUGCCGCCGCUGGGCGUGCUGGCGUGCCCCCCGCCUGCGGUCUUCGACGGCCGGCCGCCGGUGACGUUGUGGCCCGGCACGGUCGCCGACGCCAAUCGGGCCUCCUCGUCGUCGUCCAACUUCACCGCGCGCUUCUUCUCUUCCUAG